AUGAACUUUUGUAGAACUUUAAGUUAAUUAGUCGUGUUAUGUACAAUGUAAGAGAAUGUUUGAAUUUAAUAGUUAUCAUUAAGUCAAGUCAAGUUGUGAUGUUUUUAACUCUCUCACAACUCCAGAUACAGGUUAAGCUUAAGUUUCAUUAGAUUUAAGUUAACAAGUAAAAAAGGACUAUGGAGUUGGAGCUUGGACUAGAUUUUAAAGUUAAUUUGAAGAUGUUGAUACUUUAGAUAAGAAGAUUCUUGAUUAUCAUAUAUUUUCAGAAGUAAACGUUGGAUCAUACCCUGUGAUAUAUUAUAUAAAGUUGGAUAAGGAAGUAGGCAUCAUAUAUUACAAUAUAAUGAUACAAUAACAAAGCAAUAGUUAUUAAUUGAGAGAAUUAGAAUUAAGACAAGAGUUGGUUGGAUCAAAAUGGGUGUUUUUCUACUUUUGUUUUUCCCAGAUAUAGAAAGCUUACAAUAUAUUUUUAUAUAUAGAUUAGGACAUAAUAAAUGUAUAGAUGAUAUCAGGAGGUGAAUAUUUGAGUGAAAAUGAGUAAAUAAAAUAGUAUAUGGUGGGCGGUAAUUUAAAGGUAAUAAUAUAAAAUGAUCAUUUAAGUUUCAAAAUUAAAUCUUCAAUAUAUCUUUAUCAUUGGGUAGUUUUCCUGGUGAGAUAAGUGAUCUUGAUUUUCGAAUAGGUUAAUCAAACUAUUACCCUGACAUUCCAACAUUCUUGAGUAAUAUCUAUGAUACAGUUUGUAAUAUAUAUGUGUGUCCUCCUAAGACUUAAACUACAAUUUUAGCAAGUCUUUAUAAUGGGGGUAAUAGUAUAAUUAAGACUGUAACUUUUUACAAUAAAAGGUUUAUCUUAUUUGGUUGGGUAAAAUUAAAUGAAAUUACAGAUGUACUAUUGAUUAUUAUUUUAAUAAGAUUCGAUAGAUUGAAACUGUGUUAUUGAGAGCAUCAUUUAGAAAAGUAUAUUACGGUGAUAAAUAUUAAGGAGAGAAGGCAAUAUAUUGGAAAUAUUAUUAAAGUACUUUACGUGAUGAAGACAAUGGUUUUGAAGUAUCUACUUAUCAUAAUACUCAAAAAACUCAGAUAUCUGCUUAUUAAACUUUGGAUAGUGAUACUAUUAAAAAGAAAUCAGCAUUUUACAAAAAUGCUAUAACUUAUUGGCAUUGGUUUGUAUAUUAAGAAGGGUUGCCAAAUAAGAAGAUAGAAUUAGAUAUUUAUUUUGGUUUUUCUAAAGAAACUUAAAGUUUUGAGAUGACUUAAGAUCAUUAUGAUAAAGUGACAUAUUAUUUCAGUAUAGGUGGAGAUAGAUUCAAUAAAGGUUUUAAUGGAGAGAUAAGAAAUCUAACUUUUUCAUAUUGUUAAUUGACAGAUGCCAAACCUAAAAGAUGUAAAUAUAUUUAUAAAUUAAAAGAUUGUCAUUAUAGUUGUAAUACUUGUUUUGGACCAGCUGAAAAUAAUUGUAUUGAUUGUGUACCAGAAGUUGAAUCAAAAAGAUAUUUAGAUGGGACAUAUUGUCUUUGUAUAGCAACAUACAUGGAUGUUGGUCAACCAUCUUGUUAAAGUAUAAAAUUAAUUAAAAUUCUAUAGCUAAAUAUUAAGUAUUAGGUGGAAUAAAUAUUUAAGAAGCUUUAAUCAUGGACACAUCAGGAUGUUAAAGAAAUUAAUUUUUGGUAAAAAUGAAAGAUAAUACUUAUUGUUUAAAUUGUCCUGGAGCAAUUACACCAUAUGGAUUAUAUUGUAUAGAUUGCAUAUACAAUCCAGAAACAUGGUAUUUACAUCCAAUAUGUAAAACAGAUUAUUUAAUGCCAUUAACUGAUUCAACUGAUUAUGUCUUUAUGAGAAGAGAUAGAAAAUUAAAAGAUUAUGAAUACUUUCUAAUCAAUUAAAAUAAUGUUUAAGAAUAACCACUCUUAGAACCUUGUGUUGGAUGUUUUGGAUUAACUAAUAGUACUAUUAAUUUCAUUCAAAAAUAUACUAUGAAUAUAAUCUAAAAAAUACUAUGUAAGAAUUGUUAUACAUCAAUCAAUGGAGAAUGUAUUAAUUUAAAUCUUAAUUGUGAUGAAUGUGAUGAUAAUCAAUUAUGUUAGAAAUGUGAAUAGAAUUAUACAUUAUCUUAAUCUUAAUGUAUUAAAUGUCCAUUAGCCUGUCCAAAUUGUAAAUAUAAUUCUACUGGAUUCUAUUGCAAAAGUUGUAUUGAAGGAUAUUAUUUCAAUUCAACUUUAGAACAAUGUUAAUAAUGUGGUUAAUUUUGUAAAAUAUGUUAUCAUUCAAAAAUUAACAAUUUACUCUAAUGUGUUUAAUGCAUUCAUAAUGAAGAUUACUUUCUAGCAGCUGAAUUGACAUAAUGUCUCCCUAAAACUAUGGCUCAUUGUUCAAUCUAAACCUAAGAAUUUUCUUUUAAUUAUUUAAAUGAAACAUCAAUUAAUCAACUCUAUUAAUUAAGCCUUGAUUUAAGGGUCUUAUAUAUUACAUAUCCUACUAUGGAAUUAUGUUUAAAAUGUGAUCCCCAUUAUAUUAAUGUCAUGAAAAUUAAACAUCUUUACGGAUGUUAUUCUGUUAAUGAUGUUUAGACUAUCACAAAUAAAGUCUUACCAUAAGCUUUAAAAGAUAAAGUUCUCAAUGAUCCCAAUUUCUAAUUAGGAUAUCAUGAAUUAGAAAGAUUGGAUGGAUCAGAAAAUUACUAUAUAUUAUUUGGAGAUCCAGUUGUUAUAGAUAAUAUUAAAUAUAAUCCUAUCGUUUUAUAAUAAAUAGAACCAAAUCAAAAAAUAUGCUAAGAAAAAUAAUGUUAGUAUUGCAUCCAAAAUUAUGUUUAUACUCAAGAAUAUUGUAUUAAAUGUUUCAAACCUUAUUAUGCUCAUAAACUUUCAGGAAACUGUAUCUAAUGUCCAUCCUCUUGUUUAGAAUGUGAAUUAAUUCAUAAAGAUUUUAAAGAUGGAUGGAAAUCUGAUCUAUAACCUGGCUAUUAAAUUAGAAGUAAAUAAUAAGUUCAUCACUUUAAUACACAUGCCCUCUCCACUUCUAUAGAUGAUUAUGAAAUUAACUGUCUUCUUUGUGCUGAUAAUGGAUUUUUACAUAAUGGCAAAUGCUAUCCUAAAUGUCCUUGUAAAGAAUGUAUUAUUGAAGAUGAUGAAAUUAAAUGUAUCACUUGCGAAAAUUCAAUUAAAACUGUUGUAAAUGGUCAAUGUACUGAAUGUCCUCAAUUUUGUGAAUUAUGUAGAGAAUUUACAUCUGAAGAAAUUACUCAAAUAAAUCCAUACUUCAAUCAAGAUAUUCCUGCAAAUAGAAAAUAUGCUAAAUAAUGCUUAAAAAGAGUUAUUGAUGAUCCUCCUUAAGGAAUCUUAUAUAAUGAUCCUACUAUAGGUCAAGAAAUUAAUUGCAAAAAUCCUUAACAAAAAGAUUGCUACUUUUAUGUUGAAUUUCAAUAAACUAUCUAUUGUGAAAUUAAUAAAUAUUAAGAAAAUCUUGAUCUAGAAAUUGAUGAUAAUUCUAAAACUUUCUAUAAAAAAUAUAAUCUACUAUUAGAUCAUCUAUUCUCAACAGACAAUUCUACUCAUUUCAACCUAGAAACUGACUUCUUAUAUAAUGAACUAAAUUACAAAAGUGUUAAAUUGGUUAGAUAUAUUGUUAAUAUAUUACCAAAUACUGGUAAUUGUAAAAUUAAUAAAAAUACAUUCAUUUUAUCCAAUAUUCGAUCUAACGUAUUUACAGUAAAAAACUUAGAAUUAGUAAUCUAAUCUCAAAUUAAUAUGCCCAUUCAAGUUGAAGGAAAUAUUUCAUUUUAUGAGUUCUCAUCAGUUACUCUGAAAAAUGUCUAUUUACUUCCAAUAAGUGACAAAAUCUAAUUCAAUAUUAAUAGUUUAUACGGAGUCUCAUUUCUAAUUGAACAAUUUAAAAUUAAGAAUGCUGUAAACCUUCAAUUUUAAAUCAAAAUUUAAAAUCCAACCAUAAUUCAAAUUAAGAAUAUAGAAAUAUCAGAUUCAAAAUUAAUUAAUAUCAAUGGCAUUAUCACCUAUUAUUUCACAUAAAAAUUGGAAAAUGAACUAGACUAUUCUAUUGACACAAUUUUAAUCAAGAAUUGUUAAAUAAUUAAUUCAAACUUAUUUGUUUAGCUCUUGGAUGAUGAAUAUGGAAAUCAAAAGUUAAUAGCAAAUAAUUUUAUUUCCUAAAAAAACACACUUAAGGAUUCAGUUAUUUUCAUUACUCAAUUCCUUAAUCAAAUCAGAGAAUCUAAGUUUGUUAUAUAGUCUUUUUUAUCUGAAGGGGAAUCACUAACUAAUACUUCCUUAUUCACUUUACAUGGUGCACUAAGUGUUAUUUUAACAGAUAUUACUGUUUCAAAUGGAAAUUUCAACUCAAAUGUUAAACUAUUUUAACUUCCUUUGUUCACAAUCAACAACAUGAUAAUCAUAGGCAAUAAUUUUAACAGCGAUAACAAUAGAGUAAUUACAAAUAUUGUUGAUGCCCUUUAUCAAGAUGAUAUUUCAACUAACUUUCUCUCUUUUAAUAAAAUUCAAUUCAAAAACAAUUAUUACCGAAGUAGUAAAGUAUUUAUAGAAUUGGUUUAAAGUCAAAAUUUUAAGACAUUAGAAAUAUUAAUCGAUGGAUUAUCUUUAGAGUCAAAUUAGUUUACAUUAAAAAAUUACUCAAAUUAAAUGACAUCUAUGAAUUCAUCAAUAUAUUUUGAUCUAACUUAGAUUACAAUCUUAAACAUAAAUAUAAUAAGAGCAUUCAAUUUGCCUGAGAUAUCAAUUAAUAAUGCAGAUAAAAUAGAGCUGAAUAAUUUAAAAGCCUCUUUGAAUGAUGAAUUUAAAUUAAUGGUUAUUCAUUAAUAGGUUUCUUGUUUGUAGAAGAAUCUAUAAAUAGGUUAUGGUAGUAUGUUGUAGAUCUUUAAUAGUAGAAUUAUUAAUUUUAAAAAUAUAGAAAUAUUCGGAUUGAUAGUAAUAAACCUACCUAUAAUUACUAUAAAAUCAAUAGAUGGAUCUAAUUUUAGAUAAGCUGAGACGAUAUAAAUAAAAAAAAUGUAAUUCACAAAUAAUACUCUGAUUCUAUCUAAACUUGCUGAAUAGCCUUCAAUUUUAAGUAUAAUAUCAGAGUAGAAGUAAGCUAUAGAAUUGAUUGAUAUUAAUUCUUUUAAUAAUCAUCAUCACAGUUAUUAAGAAGACUUGUUAUUUAGAUAAUCUUCUACUAUUUUAAUAGAAAACCCAAACUCAGAUAUAACUUUAAGUGAAUCGUAUUUCUCUAAUAACAUUAUUACAAAUAAUUAAGGAUCUAAUUUGAUCUUAAUUGGUAAUAAACUUGAGAUACGAAAUUGUAUUUUUUUAAAAUAAAAUGAUAUAUAAUUUGAAUAUUUAAAGACUCGUUUAAUUUGGGGUUAUGGAUAGGAUGAAGAACCUUAUUUUGAGAAUUUGUAUUCGUUACUUUCUAUAAAAUCAAAGGGAGGAAAUGGAUAUUUUUCAGCAAAUUAGAUUUCAUUUUAAAAUAUUUCAAGUUAAGAUUCAUUAGGCCUAUAAGGAGGAGCAUUUUAUUUUGGAACUUAAUCUAGUGGAAUAAUAUAAAUUUCAAAUUGCUCUUUUAAUUAUAGUUAAGCUAAUUUGUUGAUGAAAGAAAAAUCAUAAGGAGGAACUCUUUUUAUUGAUGCUUCCUAGUCAGAUUUAUUUUUAUCAAUUAUGAACAAUAGUUUUUCUAAUAGUUUUAGUAGAAAUGAAGGAGGUACAAUUUUUAUUGAGCCUUCAAGAAAUAAUAAUACAAUUAUAAUGUAAAAGAAUGAAGUUGAGAAUGUUUAUUCAUUUAAAAAUGCAUUCCUCAAGAUUCUUGUUACAUUCAGUAGUAAAUAAUUGAUUUUAUAGACAUAAAUAUCUGAUUUAUCAAUUAAAAAUACAUACAAUGGGUAUCUCAAUUAUUUAGGGAGAAUAUAAAAUUUAAAUGAUUAAGAAAUAUAGUUUUAAUCUAAUAAUUUUUUAAUUUCAAUAGAUCGAAGUAAUCUUACUAUUAAAGAUUGUAAUAUCAUAAAUAUAUUUGAAUAUGGAGCAUUAGAGAUAUUAGAUUCUAAUUAUAUAAAAUUAGAUAAUUUAGUGACAGAAAACUUUACAAUUGUAAGUGGAAGUAUCCUAAAAUUGAAUUUGAAUAAAAGUACAUAAAUAAUAAUUAUUAAUAGAAUAUCUGACAUCUAUUUAACUUAUCAAUGUAUAAUUAAAAUAUAUGUUUGAAGUGAUAGGAGAUGUAUCAUUACCAGAUAAUCUAAUUCUUCGACUUCCAGAACUAUUCUAUAAAUGUGAGUAAUCUUAUGAGCAUCCAAAAACAUUAUAAAAAUUAUAUAAUGAAGAAUAGUAAAAUAUUGUAAGUUUACACAAUUUUUAUUCAAUAAUUAAGAAUAGGACAAAUCCUAGUUUUAUUUUUGAAAUUGAUUAUGUUUCUGAAAAUCAUUAUAUUUUGAUAGAAAGUUUGAACAUUUAAAAGAUAAAUUGUUCUAAUUGUUAAAAUGGGUUAUUAAAAUUUACAAAUAUAGAUGAAGUAGUAAAUAAAAAUGUAAUUUAUUUAAGAGGAUUAAAUAUGGAAGAUAAUAUAUGUGGAAUAAUUAGUUGUUUUGUACUUAGUGCUUAAUCAACAAAUUAAAUUAGGUUAUUUUGGAAUUAAAAAUUAAAGAGAAUUCUUGAUGAAGUAAGUUAAGAAUUAGAUUAAAAAUUAUCUACAAUAAAGAUAAAAAAAAGUACAUUUAGAAAUAAUAAAGCAACAUUUGGUGGAUCAAUAUUAAUAUCAGGUUUAAGUUUAAUAGUAGCAAGUUGUUCUUUUUCAAAUAAUGUAGGAUAUUAGGUAGGAGGUGCAAUAUAUUUUGAUUAUUAAUAAGGAAGAUAAUUAAUAGUAUAUGAUUCAAUAUUUGCAAAUAAUUAAGCAAAGGUUGGAGGUGGAUUAUUUUUGAGUGGUUAUCAAUUAAACUCUCCUUCAAAAAUGAAUAAUAUAUUUUAAGGAAAUCAAGCAUUAUAUUAUGGUAAUAAUGUAGCAGAUUAACCUACAUAAUUGACAUUAAAGAUAGGAAAUUAAUUAAUGAAGAAAGAACCCUUAAUAGAUAAUUCAACAAAUAAGACAGAUAUAAUCGUAAUAAAUAAAUACAAGAUAGGAAAUAAAGAACAUGAUUUUAUUAUGUUGCCCAGUGGAUAGACAAUUGGAGAAUAUUAAAUUUUUGAUGAAUAGAUUUAAAGUUAUGUUUCAUACAAUCUUACUUUUAGAAUAAUAGCUCUUAAUGAUGAAAAUAAUCAAAUCAAAGCUUUAGAUGGUAGUAAAUGCUCUAUUUAAAGUAGAUAAAUAAUUAAUUAAUAAGAAGGAGAAUUCUAUUCUAAUUUUACUAGUUAUUCAGAAGUAUAUUAUAAUACAACAAGUUAAGAUUAUAAUCUAGAUAAUAUGAUAAUAUAUUUUGAUCCUGAUUAUUCUUCAUAAGGUUAUUUAUAACUUGAAAUAAUUUGUAAUUCAAUAAAGAUACCGUAAUUUUAAGAGAUUUCUCCUUAUUAGUUAUUAGAUUAUUUUACUAAUUAUAGAUUGAGGAUUGAUUUAUAAACAUUUCCUUGUUAAAGAGGUGAAUAUAAAACUAAAUAAGGAACAUGCAAAUUAUGUGAUGCUAAUUCAGAUUAAUAUAAUGUAAAAGCAGGUGAUUAAUGUUAAAUAAAAGAUCCGAUAAAAAUGUAGAAAGUUUCAUCAGCAAGAGUUAUGUUAAGGCCAGAAUAUUGGAGACCAUUUGAAAGUAGUAACAAAAUUGAAUAUUGUUUAAAUCUUCCAGAGAAUUGUAUUGGAGGAUGGAAUCCAGGUAAUGAUUUAUGUUCUGAAGCACAUAUUGGAGCUUUAUGUGAAUAAUGUGAUAUGUAUAAUAUUAGAGGUUAAGGUUCAUAUUCAGUUAGUACACCUUAUAAAUGUGGAAGUUGUAAUGAUAUUGGUGAUAAUACUUUAAAAGUUAUUCUAGUUAGUAUUUGGACUAUGAUAUCUAUAUUUUUAUCUGUUAAAGGUACCGUGGAAACAGUUGAAAAAAUGGUUACUUAAAAUAAAUUAUCACAUUUUAAAAUAUUUGCUUAAGAUCCAAAAGCAGGAUAUGGCAGUGUAUUAAUAAAAGUGUUAACAAACUAUUUAUAAAUUAUUGGAGCUGUGGCUACAUUUUAACUUAAAAUUCCUAGUGGAGUUCAAUCUUCCAUCAGAUCAGUAGGUAAUCCAACAGAAGCUAUGAGUUUUUCAUUAGAUUGCUUUUUAGUUAAUCUUAUUGAUAUAGAUAUCAUUUAUUUUAGAAUGAUAUGGGCAUUAAUUAUGCCCUUAAUAUACAUUCUAUCUUUUAUUGUUAUUUAUAUCAUUGCCAUCAUAUUAAAUUUAACUAAACCCAAUAAAAGUGCUCUCACUACAACUGCAAUCUACUUAUUUACUUAUUUAUAACCUACUUUAAUUGGAGGAUUUAUCUCUUUAUUAUCCUUUAGAUAUAUUUCUAAUUAUUAUUGGAUUUAAGGAAAUGUAUCAUAUCAAUAUGAUACAUAAACUCAUUUAAAUUGGAUCUUAACAUUUAUAUUACCUUCCACUCUUGCUCUUGCCUUUAUUAUACCUGCUUUCAUGUUUAUUAGUUUGUAUUAAUAAAGAUUUCUCUUAGAAACAGAAAAUACAAGAAAAAAUUGGGGAUAUCUAUAUAAUGAAUAUUCAUCUAAUGCAUAUUUCUGGGAAAUUAUCAAAAUCCUAUAAAAAGGAUUCAUUAUUAUUUUCUUAACCUUCUAUGAAGAUCUUAUCAUUAUUAAAGGAGCUUUAGUUUUCAUUAUUGUUUUUAUAUAUUAACUAUUAACUCGAACUUUUAAACCAUAUAAAUUAUAAUUCUUAAAUUUGAUUGAUGAAUUUAGUACACUCAUUUGUGGAAUAUCUAUUGUUCUAGGAAUUACCAUUUAUUAAUCUAAUCUCUCUGAUAAUUAGGAAAUCAUAUGGCCAUUUUAUAUACUUUUAAUCAUAUUUAAUUCUAUCUUUAUUUUAGUUAUUGUUUGGGAAAUUAUAUUAGCAUAACUUGAAGAUUAAUAAGAAAAUCUAGAUAAAGUUAGAGAUUUACUUAAUAAAAAAUAUCCUCACCUCAAAGAAUCAAAUUGGUUCUUCAAAAAACUUUUAACUAAUCGAGGACAAUAAUAAAAAAGAGUUAAAAGAAGAUUUUAAAUGAUAAGAAGAUAUCUCAAAUAAAUAGUCAGAAAUAAUCCAGGAAUCUACUAAAUGCCUACUCCUGCUCAUUCAUUCCCUGAUAAACCUGUAAUGUUUUAAAAUCAAGAAAAAUAAAAUCUAUUAUAAGUUCAUCAAUAAAGUAGUAAAGAAAAUACCUAAAUGAUUUAAAAAAAAGGAACUAAAGUAUAUCCUCUUGAUUAAGAUUAAAGAACCUUUGAAAGUGUAAGAUAUGAUGAUAAACGUUAAUCCCCUUGA